AUGGCGCUCGGCUUGGGCAAGUUGAAAACACUGGGGCUCAGCGUCCUGAUCUUUGCGAUUCUGGUCGCUGGAUUUGACAAGACAGAUGACACGAAACACGGCUUCCAACUUCAAAUUACAGGCGCGCGAAUAUUGGGUUUAUUGAUUGUCAUAUUUGUCGUGUCAAAUUUCAAAUCGAUGCCGUUCGUCUGGACACUUCGCGUUCUAUACACAAUCUCGUAUCACACAGUCCUCCGCAAAUCACCACAGUUGGGCCCCAAAGCGCUGUUCAAGCCUAUCAUCGCCACGACUUCUACGUCCCUCCUCGAAGUCGAUUACUAUCUUCACAAGUCCAACUCGACAUAUUUCGCUGACCUUGAUGUUGGUCGUGCGCAUUUAAUCGCGUACCUUUUCCGACAUGGCUUCCAUCGAUUAUCCAAUAACACCAAGCUUGGGAUUGUUCUUGACCCAAAGACUGGUGCACCGAUGGGCGGAAGACUCGGGAUAAAUCUAGGUGCUGUUGAGACCUGCUUUCGACGUGAAAUCACAGCUUUCAAACAAGUUGAGAUGUGGAGUUAUGUCUUGACUUGGGAUCGGAAGUGGUUGUACAUCGUCACGCAUUUCGUGCCAAAGGGUGCAGCGCUUCCGACAGAGUGGCUUGAUCCACGGUUUGCGAGGACAGCGACGCGGCCUCUGCUUAAGGAGUCCGGAGAAUUCAGUAAGAAGAUAUACGCUACUGCUUUGAGUAAGUAUGUUUUCAAGUUGAAGCGUUUAACGGUGCCGCCAUCGACUGUAUUGGAGGAGGCUGGUCUGUUGCCGACAAGACCGGGAGGAUGGACAAUUGGCGAGCAGGACCUGGAGGCAGCGGAGCAGGAUGUUUCGAAUAUCGGUAUUAGAAAAAGUGGAGAGUGGGAUUGGAGACGGGUUGAAGCUCAAAGACGUAAGGGAAUUGAGUUGAUCAACAAGCCGAACCAUCUUGACUUAAUCCACGAUGGGUUCGAUGGCGGUAGUGAUGGAGCAAUUGGACGUUUUAGCCCAGGAUAG